CUGAAGAGUUUUUUCCCCGACACUCGUUCAGUGGUCUCUUGUGAGGACGCGGCAGCGCGUGGAGUCGGCUAAGGGAAAAGCGAGGCAAGGCAGGCGGGUCUUUGAAGUUCUACAGUUUAGUUCUCAGUGCUGAACUUCCUUCUCCCUUAAGUUAUUAUAAACUUUUGCUGCUGUUCAAUAAUCGUGAAGAUGUCUCGCAGUCCUGAUGCGAAGGAAGACCCUGUGGAAUGUCCUCUUUGCAUGGAGCCCUUGGAGAUAGAUGAUAUCAACUUUUUCCCUUGCACCUGUGGCUAUCAGAUUUGCCGAUUUUGUUGGCAUCGAAUUCGCACUGAUGAAAAUGGGCUUUGUCCUGCAUGUAGAAAGCCAUAUCCAGAAGACCCAGCAGUUUAUAAACCACUCUCCCAGGAAGAAUUGCAGAGGAUAAAGAAUGAGAAAAAACAGAAACAGAAUGAGAGAAAACAGAAAAUAUCAGAAAAUCGCAAACAUUUGGCUAGUGUACGUGUUGUACAAAAAAACCUCGUCUUUGUUGUAGGUCUGUCUCAGCGCCUAGCAGACCCUGAGGUUUUAAAACGACCAGAAUAUUUUGGGAAGUUUGGUAAAAUACAUAAAGUUGUCAUCAAUAAUAGCACAUCAUAUGCAGGCUCACAGGGUCCAAGCGCCAGUGCUUAUGUAACCUAUAUCCGGUCAGAAGAUGCUCUCAGAGCCAUACAGUGUGUCAACAAUGUGGUAGUAGAUGGCAGAACACUUAAGGCAUCUCUAGGUACAACAAAAUACUGCAGUUACUUCUUAAAGAAUAUGCAGUGUCCGAAGCCUGACUGCAUGUAUCUACAUGAAUUGGGGGAUGAGGCGGCCAGCUUCACAAAAGAGGAAAUGCAGGCGGGUAAACACCAAGAAUAUGAACAGAAACUACUUCAAGAAUUGUAUAAAUUAAACCCCAAUUUUCUUCAACUGUCCACGGGUUCAGUUGAUAAGAAUAAGAACAAAGUGACGCCACUGCAGAGGUAUGAUACCCCCAUUGACAAACCUUCAGAUUCUCUCAGUAUAGGGAAUGGUGAUAAUUCACAGCAGAUAUCUAACAGUGAUACGCCUUCACCACCACCUGGUUUAUCAAAAUCCAAUCCUGUCAUCCCCAUCAGUUCAUCCAAUCACAGUGCACGGUCUCCUUUUGAAGGGGCAGUAACUGAGUCACAGUCGUUAUUCUCAGAUAACUUUCGCCAUCCCAACCCGAUCCCAAGUGGGCUUCCUCCUUUCCCCGGCUCCCCACAGACAUCCAGUGACUGGCCUACAGCACCAGAGCCACAGAGUCUCUUCACAUCAGAAACAAUCCCGGUAUCGUCCUCCACAGACUGGCAAGCAGCAUUUGGCUUUGGUUCUUCUAAACAACCAGAGGAUGACUUGGGUUUUGAUCCCUUUGACGUCACUCGAAAAGCCUUAGCAGACCUGAUUGAAAAGGAACUGUCAGUCCAAGACCAGCCUUCCCUUUCGCCCACGUCUCUUCAGAACUCCUCUUCACACACUACAACCGCCAAAGGUCCGGGCUCUGGAUUCCUGCAUCCUGCUGCACCGACAAACGCCAACUCUCUCAAUAGUACCUUUUCAGUCUUGCCACAGAGGUUCCCUCAAUUUCAGCAGCACCGAGCAGUUUAUAAUUCAUUCAGUUUUCCAGGCCAGGCAGCCCGCUAUCCUUGGAUGGCCUUUCCACGCAAUAGCAUCAUGCACUUGAACCACACAGCAAACCCCACCUCAAAUAGUAAUUUCUUGGACUUGAAUCUCCCGCCACAGCACAACACAGGUCUGGGAGGGAUCCCUAUAGCAGGGGAAGAAGAGGUGAAGGUUUCGACCAUGCCACUGUCAGCCUCUUCCCAUUCAUUACAACAAGGACAGCAGCCUACAAGUCUCCACACUACUGUGGCCUGACAACAGAACUGAGAGGAGAGGAUUAGACUCUGGGGUGCUUGCAUGGGCAACCGGAUUUUUGCAUGAUUCCUUUCUGAUUUCGCAUUUAAUGUAUACACCCAAAAGAGCCAAUAUAAACGUUCCUCAUGCCUACAACUAGUGUGUUACCUCAUAGUUGCUAAAGUAUUUCUUCUUUAGGCCUUUAACACUAUUUAUUAGCAUAAUAAUUUUGGCAUUGUUUCUCAUGAGUGAUACUAUUUUUAACUCACACAAAUAAACUUGUAGUACUAAUUAAGAUCCCAGAUGAGAUUAGCUAGAAUUGUUCUUAUUUUGGCUCUAUUAUUGAAAUUAUGCAAAGAUAAUGGUAGUUCCUUGUUUUCUGAUUUGUGAAAAAAAUGGUAAUAUCCUAAUAUACUCAUGAAAAAUUUGAAAAUUUAAGAAGAUAAUGUCUAUUGCAUUUCUUUGAAUACUUGAGAAGAAAGAAUACAUACAACACAAAACUGGUGGUGUCGCUUAAUGCUCAGAAGGAUGUUGUCAGCAUUUAUUUUUAGUUGUAUGGAUUAAUAUCCUAUAUGAAUGCAUUACGUGUUUAGAAACUGUUUUUGUUGUCUCUCAUUUGCACAUUUGCACUUUCUUUCUGAAUGGUUGUUAAUUAUAUACAGAAGGUUAAAAGAUAAUUAUUAUAGACUAAAUGCAAUAUCUCUUUUCUAAUGCACUGCCUAGUAUACCAGGAAAUGCCUCAGAAACAGAAUUUCAACUUACAGUUGAUUUAUCAGAAACUUGAAUUUGGGGUAAACAUUGUAUGUAAGAAGCAACCAUAGUAGUGUGACGUUUUUAUGGAACAACUGGUAGUUCUGUGAGAUACCUGUUUGAAACUUCGUUGUUUAAUAAUUGAAAUGUGAUAAUAAAGCUCUAUUACAAGUACCUGGCCAGAAUGAGACUAAGGUGGAGGAGAAGAGAUUGAGGAGCCUCUAAAAUUAGGCCAUGUGAGUUGUCCUAGGAAAUUUUAGUCUCAGAGUAUAGUGGCAUACUCUGUUAGGACAUAAUGUGAAGUGAUGUUUUCGGAUAAUACACACUUUUUUGACCUAGUUUGAAAGCUGACAAUGAAGGAAAAUAAACAAUUAAAUUCUGAGCGGUGAACAGAAACUGAUUCAGAAAACAUGACCGUAUUCUGCCUACAUGAAGCAUCUGGAAAGAAAGGGGAAAGUCCGCUCUCCUUUUUGACAUUUUCAGAAAACAAUUGUGAUAAAAGCUAUGCCUUUAUUUUUUGAAAAGUAUUAAAAGAGUAACAUGAAUACCAAAAAAGGAAGCCUAAGUAUUUAAAAUAAUAAUAAUUUUAAAACAUGUUAUUAGGAAGUGAUACUUAAUAUCAUGUUGGAGUUUUCAAGGGUACCUCUUCAUAUAAAGUCUGAUUAUUUUCUGUUAGGCAUAAUAAGCAAAUUAGAUGGUUUUGUCCUCAGGUAUAGCAGGUAAACUAAAAUCUGUUUUUAGUUAACCUUCGCUUUGGUUAACUGAGCGUGUAGGAACAGCUAACUAUCUAGCCAUUUAAAUUUUUUUUUUUUUAAUUCUGCAUAAAUGACAAUCUGUAAUUUCUAUUCAGAAGUGAUUUUAGGGCAGCAUUACAAGAAAUAUAGAAAAUGUAAAUAAAAUAUUGUAGCCUUCUUAGAAGCCUUUUAUCAUGAGUUAAUCAUGGUUCCAUUUUGCUCUAAGAGGUCAAGACAUCCACUUACUGUCUCCUGUGAUGUCAAGGUUUCUAGGCUUUGUUAACAAACUUGGGCUUCCUGUAAUGAAACUUACUAGUACCUAGCUUUCUCCAGCCCUCAGUGCAAGCCUUUCAGUGCCUGGAUCUUCUUACAAAGACAAAUGGUUCGCUCCCAUUUACUUUUACUUCUCUGUGUUGAGAGAGAGAUAACACGUGUUAAACAAUGCUUCUUUCCUGUGGUCACUUUCUCUCUCCUUUCUCCUUCCUAGCCAGGUACAAAAAAGUGUCAGGUGGUUUGUCUAGACUUGCUAGGACCCAGAACUCUCUCCGGUUUGCUUCUGUAUCCUCUACACUUUGACACACACCAUACAUCAGGAAAAUGCUUCUUGGGCAUUUAGGCUUCAGCUUACAUAUUUUCACAUUGAAUAGCUGAAGAUUAUCCUUUAACUUUGUGAUUUCAGGACCUUGUAAACCUAGAAUAAUAAGCCUCACCGUUUUGCUUAUUUAAUAUUCCAUAUAGUAUGUUUCUUUUUUUAAAUGAAGUCUUGAAAUCAAGUUGUAAUGAAUUCUGUUAAAGCACGAAGAAAUGACAACACAGGAGAAAGUACUGCUUGACAUAGCAAGUAAAUUGAUGAAACCAAAUAAAUGAUGGUAAAGAAUGAAAAAUUCUAAAAAGCUUCAGAUUAAUUUUUAUUAAAUUCCUGCAUAAUUGUUGUGUCAUGCACGAGGGAAGCUUUUUACGCUUUUACAUCCUAACUUUUAAAAAAUUACUAGUCUGUUUCUUAAUUCAGGAGUUUUUAAAGCCAGAGUUCAGAACCCUUUGAAUGUACUAGCAAAGUUAGGAAUUUGUAUGUAUGUGCAGCUGUCCACUUUUUUCUGGAGGGAAAAUCCAUAAUUACAGAUUUAUAAAGGGUUUGGUGACACUUCCUCCCACCCCACCCCCCCCCAAAGAAAAGUUAAGAACUGCUAACUUGAAAUGGUUUUAGUGCCACUGCAAGAAAUAGAGACCUGGAGUGAGUGAUUUAAGUCAUAAUGAAUGUCAAGUGCCUCUUUUUAUUUUCUUAAAGAUUCCAUUAGAAAAUACUUUCUGAUUAAUACUUUUCCUUUUCAUUCUGCUGUUGCAUUUUGUUUUUCCAGGUGGUGUUUUAUAUAUUCUCCUCGUAUUUCAACAGAGUAUUAAUCAAAUAUCUGGGUGCCUAUUCUGUGUAGUGACCUGAGUUAGGUCUUGAGGGAUACAAGGUUGAAUGAAGCACAGAUCCUAUCGUCAAGGAUAACAGUCUAGUGACAGUUUUAUUUCAAAUGGUUUCUAUAGGGUCCGCUCUUAAUAUAACAAUGAGAACAGCCAUAGCAGCCAAGACUCAUUUUAUUAUUCAUUGCUCUGACAGUGGCAACAAAGGGUAUUAAAUAUUGAUAGCUGAAAUUUUUAAAUAGACGAUAAUUUGGAACGAGUGAAAAAAAUCUUACUAAGGAAGACAUACAUUCGUGAUUCUAAUUUAAGUAUCUUAGUCAUAUAUGUAUGCUCAUGUCUCUAACUCUUAGUGUCCUGGGUGUUAAGUAGAGCUUUCUAUAUAUAUGUUCUUUUAAAGAAAACACUUGAAUGCAUUGUGGCUGUGCCCAUUUUUACUGGCAUGGCUCCUAUUUGUACUGUGUUCCAAGCACCUUCAGGAUUGCCAGAGCUCUCUUUUGCUGUGAUACAGGUCCAUAGGGAGCUACUCCCACAGAGGCAUUGCCUCAGAAAGCCAAGAGAAAGGAAUGAAUUGCAGGCGCAUAGAAAUCUUAAAAUGAAGACCACUCUGUUAUAUGUGCAUACAUUAAAAACUGGGGGAUGUUUUAUCUCGUUGAGUUACAAGGUUUUAAAUUUUUUUAUUUGAUCUUGAAGUUUCCCCAAAUUUGCUUAAUUGGCUUUAAGAGAUGGAUACCAUACAGUUGAAAGCACAAUAACUUUUUUGAACAAUUAUCUUAUCAAGAGGUGAUAGCCCAAAGCAAUGAUACCUGUGUCUUUUUCUAUAAAAUAUGGACCGAAACCAGUUACUCAGUGUCAAGUCCUCUGCCCUUAGUGCUGUGUCUUGCUUCACUCAGCCUUUGUAUCUGAAUGAGUACCUACUACAUUGUCUCCUUGUGCUGAGUAAAUGGCAGUAAUAUAUGCAGGUAUUUACACAUGAAAUGUUUAGUGAACUAACCAAACACCAUGCUGAUACAAAAGGAGAAAUGGGAAUUAAAGAAGUUAAUGUAAGCUGGCUCAGGGAAAGCCUUCACUAAAAAAGUAUGGGGCUUUUUGAUUUUGAAGGAUGGCUGAAAUGUAGAUAAUGGAAGGGGGAAAUACAAUAAUGGGAACAGAUGAACAAAGAACCAGGGACAGAGAUUGGAGUGGUCCCUAGGGGUUAGGAGAGAAGGACAGUAGGGAGAUGGACUCGUCUGAAGUGUACAGGUCAUACGGAGAGGUGGAGUAAGUGCUCAGAGCCUUGAAAACGAGGAAGAAUAGUUAAUUCAGAUGUGGAUAUGGUCAAUAGUAGAGAACUAUAGGUUCUUUGGUAAAGAUGGAACUUGAUUGUAGCAUUUUAAGAAUAUUAAUUUGGUAAUGUGUUUGCUUGGAAUGAAGAAAAUGUUCUAGUAUGUUAUUGCUGGCCAGUGCAAAUAAGAUGGCCUGGAUUAGAACAGUAAUAGUAUAAGAAUGGAGAAGAAAUUAUGAAUUAGAAGCCAGAAAACAUGAAAUCUAAGAAAAGUCCUUCAGGUUUGUCUUUAAAAUGUACCUUUCAUAAAAGUACAGAUGGAAGCCAGAUUCCUAGGAUUCAUGAGGAAGUGUCAAGGAUAUGGAUACAGAAAUUAUUGAUAACUUACUUAAGACAUUUGGUAACUAAGGGAAGGAGAAAAAUAAGAUGUUUAUUAGAUGGGUGGUAGGUAUUAGAAUGCAUUGCUUUCAGAUAAGGUGGAUAAAUAUUCCAAAGCAAAACAUAAAGGGCCAAUUGAGAGGAAGACUUGGACAGUGCUAAGGAGAAGGUAGGCCAAUCCAUUAGGAUUACGGAUUUUGGUAGUGCUGGGAAGAGAGAAGUUCCUGAGAUGAGGUUAGGUUAUAGGUUUAGCUUCAGAGAGGAGAACCUUGUUCUCUGUAAGAACAAGCAAAAAAUCUAGCAGAGAGUAUGCAAGAUUAGAGAAAAUGAGAAUAGAGGAAAGGACUCAGAUCAGUAAUUAUUGAAUGCGUGGUGUGCGAGAAUGGGAGUGAAGAGCAGAUAUGGGAUUCUGUAAAGAAAGGCGGUCAAAUAAAUCUGUAAGAAUAAGCCUAGAAGUGCAUCAAAGAGAAAUUCGAGAAUUGCUGAGUAAAGAUAAGGAUCAAACUUAAAACUUGUAGAGUUCAAAUAGGUAUGGUCUUGUAUGUUUCUCUGGUUGUGCACAAAGCAUCAAGGAUAGACAAAGCAAAUAUUGAAAGUUUGGUUAAAAGAAGAAGAAAGGGAUACAAAGAUAUUCAAGAAGACAGCAUUGAGGGGUGCCUGGCUGGCUCAGUCGGUAGAAUGCAACUCUUGACCUCGGUGUCAUGAGUUGAAGCCCCACAUUGGGCCUACAGCCUACUUAAAGAUUGUAGAUAGAUAGAUAGAUAGAUAGAUAGAUAGAUAGAUAGAUAGAUAAUAAAAGUUUAAAAAGAAAAGAAGACAGCAUUGAAACACCUAAUCUUGUGGUCAAGAAGAAAAAGAACCAUUGGUGUGAGGGUGUUGAAGGGAGUUCAGUGACUUUAGAUUUUGGUGAGGAUAAAGAACAGGCAUAGUGUUGUUAAAGGACUGACAGAUUAGGAGACUGUGGUCAGUAUGAUGACCAUUCAGUAUUGAGCGGUGAGUGCGAACCAAGGAAAGGGUGGUAGAUAAAUGUCUAACAUUCCCCCUUUGGAAAGGUGGCUGGCUUUCACAACCCCUGUGAUCUCUUAUCUACUCACUUUUCUUCCAGUCAUUUCUUGAGAGUAAGAAUGCAGACUGCAUGAGAGAGAACUGAGAAAGCGUGAUACCACUUGGUGAAUCCUGGGUCGGGUUUUUGUAAGUCAGUGACCCGAAGGAAAAUGUCCACAAUGGAAUAAACGUUUCUUCCUCAGCACAGCAGGGUGUGGAAGCAGAAUGUAGGGGAAGGCUUGGGAAGAGCCAGGGAUGAGACCGGACAGGUAUAGGUGAGCCCAGUGAGUGUGAGGGAUAGUAGACCUGUUUCAUGCUGUGGAAGAUUUAGAGGCAGUGGGUGUGGCAUGUGAUGAGGCAGAGUUGAAGAGCCCAUGUUACAAGUGUAAGCUAGUUUCUCCCAAGUGCAAAACUGAAAAGAACCAGCUUUCCACUUACAUAGGGAAGGUUUCUCUUCUUACUUGGUGGUACUGGGUCAUUCUGCUUUAUAUAGCAGAUUGGAAUUAAGUACUAUAUUUUUGAAGAGUAGCAAAGAAAUUCAGAACUUUAUCAUAGAAGAUUAUAAAAGCAUUUUGACAGUUUGUCCCUCAAGAGAAUAUGCUAUGUGAAUAGAUAUAAACCUGCAAGUUACUGAACUAAUCUACUUUUAAGGUUUGUACACUUAGAUGUGACCUUUAGGAAAAAUUGCUGAAGAUAAUAAUGAAAUAGGGAUGGAGAUAGAGAUAAAUGACAUUUUUCCCUCAUUUAAUUAAUAGCAAGUACGCCUAGCUUGGAAGCAUUCUUAAUUUAUUGACAUUAAAAUAUUUUUCAUUAAGUCAUCACUGGACUUGUUUCAUAUAUGUCAGCUGAAAUAUCAACUAUGACAUGUAAAAGUGGUAAUACCUGAAAGGGCAAAUCAUUGCUCAGAAAUACUGUUUGUGAAACUGUGCUGAUGGAUCGAGAAGCCACUGCUGCUUAGAUCUUCUUUCUGCCCUGUGAUUUGCUGCCACGAAUAUUAUUCUUAGCAACCAUAUAUUGCUGGAUAUACCAGGCUUUAAUGCCAGUGGAGCUUUUCCCAAAGAAUUAUCCUGAGAGUUCAUUUCAUAAGGGGAAUCUGUUCUGUUCCAUAGUGUUUUAGAGCAUCUACCCUGGGUUCGAGUUCCACAGAAAUCUAGUCUGUAACUGCUAGUUACCUAGAACUGAAGACAGGCCCAAGCAAUCUAAGCUACUUGAGAAUUGAACUGAAGUACCUGGAAGUUCCACGAAACAGCUGGAAAUCGCUGUACUGAAAGAACCAGUCCAUUCUCUCCAGGUUCCUUCAGACCAUACUUCCUAAGGCAGCCAUUGACUUUACUUUGUUCUUAGUCCACUUGACAUUUUAUGAUUAUUCGAAGGGUUCCUGGAAGCUUUAACUGACCCAGGAAAGCACCGUGCUUAGAACAGUGGUUUUGCUCCAGCUCGUGUUUGGUACCCAGGCCCACUGUUGUGCUCUUUUAAAAAGCAACACCACAAAAGCUCCCCCCCCCCAUAAAAUUUAUAAAGCCUUUAGAGCACCCAGUACCUUUUUUUGUUCUAUUGAGGUAAAACUCACAUAACAUACAAUGAACUGCUUUAAAGUGUACAAUUCAGUGGUCUAGUACUGUUCUUUAUCUCCGUGUUAAAAUAGCAAAAUAACGCACUCCAGCCAUGAGAAUUUUGACCAUUCCUUGUGGGGCUGUGUGCAUCUCAUCUAGUAGACUUGGUGUUUUACCCUAUAGGCCGAAAGGCAAAUAUUAAACCUUCAAAUACUCCAUAACUCUUCACAACAGUAUUACCUAAGCUGUGCGUAGAGCAACUUUCAUAGACUGCCCUUUCGAAAGGGGGAAGAAGGCAAGGAGCUGUUAGGUAAAAGAGCUUUAGUGUACAUGUUUUCCUGAGUAGGUAAAAAGGUUUGAAGCACCUGUCUGAAUAGUUUUCAAAUGGCAAUAAUAAUCUCUGUGUCUUUGUGACAUUUGAUUAGUGUUAUGUAAGAAAAGGUUUGCUUAGCAAAGGUAUACUAUAAGUGUAGCUCUCUCUAUGGAUGUGAGCUUGAAAGUGUGUGUGUGUGUGUGUGUAGGUUUAUACUUAGUACUUUUCAUUUCAAUCCACUUGGUGAAUGUAGCAGAGGAAAAAGUCUCAGGCCAUUUUUCUGCUACAUUUCGUAUUUAUUCCUGCUAUGUUCUGAUUAAUUCAUGUGUUUGGGAUAAAUGAUGCAUGUAUAGUCUGUUUCUAAAUUUAUUUUUAAAGAAAUACCCUAUUUAAAUGUAGUGAGGUUACAGUGUGGGUGCCCAUCUCACCUCUGGCCAUAUUUUAUAUGAACAAAUAUUUUCAUAGCUUUUUCUAAUCAGAUUUCACUCUCACUACUAAGCAUACCCAUCCCAUGUCACACUCUUUGGGAAAACCUAAGGAAAGGAUAGUAAGAAAACUUUGUAUUAGAAUAAAUUUCAGAGCUUUGAAAUCUGUGACAUAGUCUUUAACAAUCUGCCUUUUAAAGACUAAGUAAUAAUGAUAAUAAUAAACAAGGCUCAGAAGGAUUGUGAUUUGCCCAUAAUCACUUUCUAAAAACAAUUUAAAGUUCUCUUAGCCCUCACCAUCUGAAUUUGCUUUCAUACAUGUAACUCAAGGAGAAAAAAAAAAACCUCAAGAUUCAGAAUAUAUUUCUUCUCUAAACUUUGUUGUGUCUUACAGUUUGAUUAUUAUAGUAGUACUCGCAAGUCAAGGGCUUUCAACUGUGAAUGUCAGUGCAAAUAAUGAAGUCUUUCAAAGUGUCCAUCUACUGACGACUGUUACCACAAAUCCUGUAAGUUGUGGAAACCUGUAUUAAAUGUGACCCAGUGAUCUUGGAGUAACUUCAGUGGGGGUGGUGGGGAGGGGGGCAUAACCUUGCAGGUACUCUCAAUGUAGACUUAAAUUAAUUACCAAUGUGAGAACUAAAAUAAAGGGUAAAACAGAGGUGGAAUUAAAUUUACCUAGGAUUUUCCUGCAGUGCCAAAGAGCAUUUAAGGACCAGCAUGCAUGAUCACUAGACUGGUGACAUCUCUAAUAUGACAGAAUGAAAAAAAAAAAAAAUCUUACAGUAAUGGCACCAAGAUGUACUACACUCACACUAAAGCUGUCAUCUCAGACUCAUCUUGAAGAACUAUAUGCUACACCAUGUAAAAUGAUAGCAUAUCUGCUGAUAAUGUUUUCAAUCAAGGAGGUUGUUGUUUUCAGCAUAAUGAAACAGAGGGAAAGCUCCACAAGGAUUUAAAGAUGAUAAUACCAUCACCAUCUCCAAGAAGAAAUGCAGGAAAGCUGACUGCAAUCAACUUUUGUAGCCUAGUGCGGUUUCCUUGUAUGGUGAGAUCUUAUCCCGAGGACUAUGCUAACAUUUACACUCUGUUUCUGGUCUUGCAUACUGAAAUCAUGUGUCUAUGGAGCAGAAUAUAGUGAUCUGGAACAUUACUGGGAUGUUUUUAAACAUUGUUAUUUUAUAUGUUGGCCCUUGUAAGAAGACCUACACCCUGGAGCUGUUAUUUUUUUCUUUAUUACAUCUAUACAUUGAGUAUCCAGCUAAAGGUAAAAGAGGCCCAGGGUUAUAACUUCAUCAAACCAAAUAGGAAGUUUUCUUACUAGCCUUAAGCAGAAUGUUGGGCUACGUACCAUUGUUCCACUUAUGUUAAAACAUAGGUUUUAAUUAAAACUUAAAAAUAUGGAUUACUGGUAGAUAUGCCCUAGCAGGCAUCCUUCCAACCCCCAGCUUAGGGUAAGCUUUACUACCAGGUAUGUUUCCUUUUACUUCCAAGCCAUUAAUAUUCAUUACCUAAUGUAACCGUGGUCUUUCCCAGACCUGGAUAGGUAUAACAUAUCUUGAAUUUUAGUGUAGUCAAUACUGUUAUGUGUAAACUCCAAAGACCUCACCUAUGUGUUAAAUGAGAGUUGAUUGGAAUGAAGCCUAUUACUAAAAUAAGCAAAGGUCUCAUAAUUUCCAAAUAAAUACAUCCAUUCCUGCAACCUUUAUUUCAUAACACACUUCCAGGUUUUAAUUCUUGACCACCAUGAGUCUUCAUCCAAUACCUUGUGUUCAUUUCACUGUCCAGUUUUUUUCUUUCUUUGGCCAAACAAGAAAAUCCUCUUUCUCCGUGUAACUUUUCGUAGUUAGAGAGGGAGUUCUCAGCUCGAUCUUCAUGUGUACUCCCUGUAUGAUUUCCCCACAGGAUCCCUGACAGGCCUCAACUUUCCCUUUUCAAAGGAGAAAGCUGUCUCCCUCUCAGGCUGCUGAGUGUUUAUUCAGAGUCUCUGUGAUCAGUUACCUCCUAGUUACCUCCCCGGUAACCAGUCUGUCACCUUUCAGCUCAUUUCCAAACUGGCAUUUAGUUUUAAGUGAUCAUGUAUCAUUUUUCUUUUCUUUCUCUCUUAAAAACAGCACAUUUGAACAGAAAGCAUAGUCUGAGUUUUGGAAUAGACUAACAACCAUUGUACUGUUAAAUGUUGAAUUGAUAGAAGAUUUUUGAUGAUGUAAGACCAUAUUAUCCACUUUCCCCAACUUCUGAGUGAUUCUAGCUCUUUUAAAAAUCAUUUAAUACUUCUAGACUUUAUGACUACGAUUCCGUGUUUUACAAAUAUGUGUAAUUUUUAAUUAAAAUUUUUUCCACUAAGAUGUUAGUUCUAGUUCAGUAUAAGGUUUCAGGAUAUGGUGAAAUAAGAAUUGUUUCUGAUUUGAAUUUGAAACUGUAUUCAUCUGAUCUUCUUUGCUUCCUGCCUUCUUCACAGUAGGGCUCAACAUUGAGAGUUGGUCUGUCAAGACCAUCUUUCGCAAUCUUUUUCAAAUCCAACUAGAAUAAAUCAUAGCUAAGGAUGAACACUUAAAUAAGUGUAUAUUUUAAGUGAUUUUUAAACUAAGGCCCCUUAGUGGACUGGUGGUGAGCAUUUGAGUCAUUUAAUUCAUCAUGGUGUUUUGAAUUGUUAAUCUCUACAGGAGUAUUAUCUUUUGUAGAUCCGGAAAGGAUGUGUUCUUAUUAAGACUAAUUCUUUUUAAAUUGAGACAUCAUUUGAGAAUUGGAAACACAGAAGUUUUUAGUUUUCCCUAGUAUGUGAAUAAGUGGUAAAGAGGAGGAAACAGCAAAAUAGUCUUUUUUUAAAUUAGACAUUUUGUAUAGCUAAAAUCACUAAAUUUUAAAAUAUACAUGCUUGGUUUGGAAAUCAAACAUUUAUUUGUAAAAGAGUCCCAAACUUUAACAAACAUCUCUUUGCUUGUAAAUAGUACAAUGAGGAAGAACUCUUAAAGAUGUGUGCUUGCUUGAUCUGUUGGGUUGGAAAUGUUUAUCACCAUAAUCAUCACCAUGACUAUACCUAUAUCUGUUUCAUUUAGUUUUAGUAUAAACUAAUGAGAAAGCUAUUUCAUUUCCUGAAUUUUUUUCCUGGAAAUUAAAAAAUAAAGUAAAUUGUUGUUUUAAUGCCUGAAAUGAUACUUUUUAAUCGAAGCAUGAAGUCAUAGCUGGGUUAUGAAGAAUUUGUCAAUUAAAAUCAUGUUUCAGAAAAUGGAUAAUUUUAGUCUUUUUUGGGGAAUUUUUCUGACUUUGAUUUAAAUCCAUAAGAUAGGAGCCGUCUUUCAGAAAGAGAUGAGACUGAUCUUCAUUGUCAAAAUAAAAGUAAGCUGUGUAA